ACACUCAAACUGAGAUUAAAUAAUUAAUUCCAUCGGUAAUGACGUCAGAGACAAUUUCGUUGUAACGCAACACCGCGGUCCCUUUAAUUGUUAACGUAAGCGACGUGCUUUGUGCGUCAUCACGUCCCUUAGCAAAACAGCCAGAGGCCAUGGUCCAAAUCGUUCGUUCAUGGGAUGUUAUCGCCUCUUUCAUGCGCCGGAGUCACGUUCAGCAGGAAAAACCUGCUUUAAAUAUAGUGCAUGAAGAACCACAACCAGGAUGAUCUACAUCAUAAUGGGAGUCUCGGGUUGUGGAAAAAGCACCUUUGGGAUCUUCCUAUCUGAAAAGCUUAAACUAAGCUGUGCACAACAAAAAUCAGUUUUUGUGUUUAGUGUUUGCAUUUCUUUGUGUCUGCAGGACAGAUUGCCGUGGCUUCUCAAACUACACGAAGUCAUUCGGAGAGAGAGGAGUUCAGGCUCUGAUGCUCUCCUGGUGUGCUCUGCACUGAAGCACCAGUACAGACGGAUCCUCCUCCAUGGCUCCAAAGCCCUCACUUCCCCUUCGGAGACAGACCAAGAAAUCUUCCCUCCAGCUUCUCCUGAUGUCUUUUUUCUUUUCCUUCGUGGUGACUAUGAAUUCAUUUACCAGAGGAUGGUGGCCCGGAGGGGUCACUAUAUGAAAGCCGACAUGCUGCGUUCCCAGUUUGAUACUUUAGAGGCUCCGUCUGAUGAGGAGAAUGUGUUGACACUGGACAUCCAGAGGGGCAUCGAUGAUAUGGCUGUGGAGGUUGAAAGGCACUUAAUCAACCACAGGUCAGGGCUACCAGCGUAGCCUUGACCACCACAACAGACCACAUGGGAUCCUUAGCAGCUCUAACAUUGAUAUUCCAGCAAAUAUUCAGGAUCCUGCAGGAUUACAUUUGAAUGACUUUGGUGAUUCCCUGUGUGGCUCUCCACAGCAACCAGGAAUUCACAGUUUCCACUUAUUUGAAAACAUCCAGCAUCUACUCGAUGGACUGGCACACAAGCUUGACAGUGGACAUCAGAUGUUUGGUUUUUUUUCCCCUCUUUCCCUUGAAUAUCUUGAAAACAGUUGAGCAGUAGAUGAAUCCGCAUGUUUGAUUAUUAUAUUGUCACAGAUGCACUUCCUGAUGUUCCCCUCCUAGUUACCCAGGCUUGGACAAAGACUGGAAAGUUGUGACUCCACGAGGCUGGUGUGGUGUCUCCUUCUGGGGUCCCUGUGGGCAUCUUUAGCAUGUAAGUUGAAUAAGUUAAAUAGAACAUGGAGCCCAUUUUUAUAUAAACUUAAAUCUAUAUAAUUUUACAGAAAUAUAACAUCUCUGUAAAUUUUGUAAUAGAUUUAAAGGCCUCGGGAGUAAUAAAAAGUAUGAUAAAUGCCUUUAUCAGGACAAAAUUAAUAUUUUUAGACACUUGAAAACUAAAUACCUACAAAGCUGUGGUAGAAAUGAUUAACAUGUCAACAUGACAGACUAAGAUGAUGAACAUCAGUGUAGUCACACUGUCAUGUGACAUUUUAGCACCUCGCUCGAAGCAGCGAGGUCAGCCUAAGUAGAACAACACAGAGUGUGUGGCCUUUACUGUUGUUCUAGUCCCUUUUGAAUACCUAAUCAGUGUCUGGUUUGUAGUGAGGAUGAGAAAUAAAUCACUGAUUCAGUGUUGAUGUAAAACCACAGAGUGUGGCAGGCUUGACGAGCUCAUUAGUUAUUUAGUAAAGAGUGGAAUACACAGUAUGUGUGAUUUUCGAGAGUUCUAGCUGGUUGCAAACAUUUAAAACAUUUAAAUAUUUAGGUGCCAUUCUAAUAAAAGCAUUGUGUGCUUUGAAACUGAACCGGUUUGUGCGUAUUUAAGGAUGGUAUCUUUUAAGAAUAUGCCAUGGUGAAGAUAAAAGGUUUUUACAGCCUGCUGUGAUUUCUGCCUGUGGGGGUGUAUCCUGCCUUAGGUACCGCCCUUCUGUACCGCUAAGACCAGAGUGCUUAAUUAAGGCCAGAUAGAUUUGUGUGGAGUGGAAGAUGGUGCUAAUUGUUUUUUGUUAAGUGACCAGCUUUUAGGUUUUUCUGUGUUUCUCUUCUUUUCAUAGUGAUAACAUGUGACGAAUCUCCUUUAGUUUAAUCCUUUAACUAAAAAAAACAAACAAACACAUAUUUUCAUUACUAAUUUUGCCUUCUUUUUCAAUCUGGACAUUUUUUGUUACUUCUCCACAUACCCUGGACUUCUGGACGUUUCGAGUGUUUGAUCAUAAAUGAUGUGAUGCUGAUCUUUUUAAUAGUUGGAAUAAACACAUGGAAGCUC